AUAGGAAUUGAUCUGUGACACUGUGACGUAACAAACCUAGGAAUUUCAUUUUUAUUCAGUUUGUUAUAGGUUGCAGACAAUGAAAUAACAAUAAAAAAUUAUAAUCGUAUGUGAUGUAUAUUGACAGUGAUGUGAUUGUAAAAGACUAGUGACCUGUGUCAUUGGGUUGUGAAACAAGAAACAAAAUUUUUACAGUGGAUUAAUAGGAAUGUGCAAUGUUUUUCUUGCGUGUAUAAAUUAGUAUUGUUGAAUUUUAUCUUCCUGGAUCCAAAUAUGCCACAUUCAUGAAAUAAGUUAUCAACCAUUUAUGAUGUUAUUCCUUUUGACAGAUCCAAUAAGAAAAUUCUAACAGGUCGAAUUAGGUUAGAUCAGAAAUGGAUAAAGACACGGGUGAUAUCUUGAGAAAUAAAAAAGAUUCGAAAAGAAUACGCCAGUGUAGAGUUGUAUUCAGUUACAAACAAGACCAUGAAGACGAACUAAAUUUAAAUGUUGGCGAAGUAAUUGAAGUACUUGGUGAAGAAGAAGAGGGUUGGUGGAGAGGUGUAUUAAAUGGAAAAGUUGGAGUGUUUCCAUCAAAUUUUGUUGAAGAAAUUCAUACUGAUAAGUUGAAAAAUAGCAGGGAAGAUUUGAAUGUAUCGAGUGAAGGAGAUUCUAGCUUCACAUCACCUCUGAAGCCUGCCAAAAUAUUGUGUGAAGUGAAGUAUUCCUAUAAAGCACAAAAUGAGGAUGAACUCAGCCUUAGAGAAGGAGACAUCAUUACACUACUCAGCAAAGAUGGUCAAGACCCUGGCUGGUGGAAGGGUGAACUUAAUGGAGCUGUUGGUGUUUUUCCUGACAAUUUUGUGGUCAUCCUACCCCUCAACCAUGAGAAAGGUUCAUCUGAAAAAUCACCAAUUCGUGAUACACAUGGAGUUAGACCAACUUCUAUAGCCUCACAACGAAAGAGUUUAGAUAAUAAAUUACAGAAUCAUAGUGAAAAAGUGGACAGUUUAGCUCAAGGUGAUAUUAAAGCAAGCCCACCAACAGUUCCCAGUAAAAAACCAACUAUUUCGGUCAAGAAGUCCCCAAGUUCUAGUUCAAGUGGAAGUUUAUUCUCUGGAAUUAAGAAAAAAAUUGUGGAUGUUGUCGAUGGAGCCACAUCUAGCAAGUCUGCUUCGAUAAAAAUUGAAAGUGAAAAUAGUGAAAACGUUUUUGAUCAAGUGGAGAGAAUUUCCAUGUUGACUGAUGUCAGGGCUACGAGGCCUAAAGCUCCAGCAGGCAGACGACCACCAAGCAUGGUGUUCAAAGAGGAGGAACCGCCAAUACCGAACGGCAACGCUCCUGUGGAACCCCUCAAUCUGGAAAUUCUUUCGGAACUAACAACUUCGACUUCUUCGGAUACGGACGCCACUGAAGUGAAACCGAAACUCAGAGAAUGGGAGAAGCACAAAGCCCCUUGGCUCGAAGAGAUGAAACUCAACCAAGCCAAGAGAACUUCGCCAUCGCCUGGACCACAAGAGAAGCCCAAGUUCACUACCAACGACAACAAGGAGGAGGAAACGAAGCUGGAGACCAAGCAGCCGAAACUUGAAUCGGAGAUGUCCAAGAGUCUGACGUCGCUGAGUAGUACCACGCCAUUGAGUUCUAAGAUUAAGGAGAACGAUAAAGCGCCUCUCAGACCAAAACCUAACCUUCCAAACAUCCCACCGAGCCAAAGACCCGCUACCAUACAGACUAUUUCUCCGCUGAUUCCUUCUCCUGAAGUUACCCAAAAACCUUUAACUCCCUCCUACGUGAAGACCAAUCAGGUCUCUAAGACUACACCUCCCACUUCUUUGCACAGGGCUGAGAAAACUCUGGCGAACGAAGUCUCGAAGAGUUUUGAUCAAGAUGUUACGAUCACCUUCAAGCAGUACACAGACUUAGUGGAGAGGAUUCACAAGCUGGAGUUGCUUGUAGAGAAGCAGAACGUUAUACAUAUGGCUGCUAUAGACGAGCUGAAAGGUAAACUACAACUGGAGACUGAGCUGAGACAUAUGCUUCAGGUACAGUUGGAAAAGGUAGCCUCUCAUAAUCUUAUGCAAGUUUAGGAAAGCUUUUUCUAGCCGAGUCCAAAUUGUUCCUUCCAAUGUAUUGAGAAUUAAUGAGUGUUCCUACUGAGCCACAAUACCUUUAGUUAUAGUUUCCAGCUUUUGUAUAUCAGUCUAAAACAUUGGAAAACGAUCCACUGAGCAUGGCAGUAUUACUUAAUGGUUUGAUUCGUAAUUUGGGAACUUUGUAAGGGUAAGGCUGUUGAAAAGUAAACUGAUCCAAUAAUUCUUAACUCGGCUGUUUGUAUUUUGAACCUUUCUGCUUUUAGCUCAUGCAAUCGAAAUCUCCAGAUGUUUCAAUUUUUACGUGCCAUAUAAUCUUGGCGUUGAUUCACUUCUCUUUUGAGGUCACUUGAGACUGCUUUAUCAAUUGGAAAAUUCUAAAAUCGGUGUUGAGGUAUACAAAUUUAUUGAAUGCAACCUCCUUUUGCACUUCCAAAAAUAAUAAUAAUGAUAAUAAAUCGCCUUUAUUAUUUAUUUAUUAUUAUAAUAAAUGUAGAUAGAUUUGAGAGGCUGCUGGCGAAACAAUAAUAAGCCAUCGAUAAUUUUACAAAUUUUAUAAUUUACACUGUAUCUUUCUGCAUCUAAUUUUCUUAUAUUGUAUUUAUUUCUAACUUAUUCUAUUUAUUUUGUAAGGGAUAGCUACUUAAAACAUUUCCAUUUUUUCUAUAAAUUGUGAUAAGAUCUAUUAUUUCUUUGCUCAAAGUUUUUUUUAUGAUACUUGAAUGAGUUUUUCUGAUGUUAUUUUCUGUAACAAGAAUAUUUUUGUGUCUGUAUCAUUUAUCUCUGCAAACCGUACUAUUUUGGUGCUUUAGAAUGUAGCAUUUCCCAAUUCGUACUAUUUUUUUUAUGCUUUUUCAACCUAAUUUUUAUUAACCUUGAAAAUAUUAUAAUUAUAUACUGCUAAAAUUCUUCUAACAAAUUAAUCUUAUAUUAUGUUUUAAAAUUUUAAACAGUAUUUUAUUGUAAUUUAUUGUAUAUCUUAGUUCAAAAAAUGAUUUUUUUGGUUGAAAGGUUUGGACAUUCCUUGCCUUGUUGGAAUUAUUCUGAAGGAGAUUCAUGUCAAUUUGUGUUGUGUUCAGAUUUCUUAGAGAGCAUAAAUAUAGAAAUAGUAAUUGACGAAAUUAACAUAAUUUAAUUGUCACAGGAAUCCAGAGGAACGUCAUCAACAUACGAAUCUAGAAGGAUUGAUUAUGGAAGAUUCCAAUGGAGAGAACAUAUUCAAGUACAUGUUUAUAACAUAAUUUUUAUUAUAACUACAGUUGUAGGAGUUACGACCAUGCUUCUAACAUAUUAUUGGGGCGAAAAAUAUUGUAAAGGAUAUUCUUUGAACAAAAUUUGGACAGAAGUCAAUUGGCAUCCUUUACUUAUGAUUGUAGGAUUCACCUUCAUCUAUGCUCAAGGAUUUUUGUUUGAGUACACCGCUCGAAAUUUACCACAAUGGUGUGGAACCUAUAUACCAACCAGCGAUAUAUUCUGGUUUACUCUAAUCACCAAAGCACUGGCUUUCGUCAUGGUUGUGCUUGGUUUGCAAGUGGCUUUCGAUUUUGGCGACAAGUUCAAGCCUCCGAAGCCUCACGUUUUUACUCUCCAUGCGUGGAUUGGAAUUGGUUCUGUUGUAUUGCUAUCUUUAGACCUUCUUUUAGAUUUGAAAUGGUUUUUUAUAAACCAAAUACCUGAUUUCCAUCGUGAUGUUCUUAUUAUGCUCUCUUGGAUGAUGAGUACUAUGUGUUUUGUAACGUCUUUUAAUUCUUCCAUUACUGGUUUCAUGGAAGAUGCGCUGUUUAUAUAUCGUGUGAACUAUAGUCAAUUGACUCCAGGCGCUAUCGUCUUGAAUUUAAUUAGUGUGCUUGUUCUUUUAUUUGGGGUUAUGGUUUUACAUUUGUCGAGGAAAAUGCGUCAGGUGGGCAAAUUUGUGGAUAUAAUAGAAAAUGUAGAUUAAUAUUUAAGAGUUGUCAUGUACAUUCCAAAAUGUUGUGUUAAUUUUUUUUAUUGAAAAUUUGUAAAUACAUAUAAUUAAUGGAUUCAGUCCUUACUUGAUAGAAAUUUUUUAUAGAUAAAAUAAUAGAACUAAGUUAUUUCCACUAAGAUUAGAGGGAAUUACUUUGUGUUAUUAUUUUACAUAUAUUUAAGAUCGUUUACUUUUAUCGAGAGCUCAUAGGUAUUCUUAAAAAGAUAGUUCAUGAUUUUCCCUCCAUUUGAACCUCCUUCAGAUAUAUUUUCAGACAAAUUGAAAUCGGCCAUAGAUUUUCAUCUGAAAAUGUUAUUUUCAUAUUCAGUUAGCAGUAAAUAUACCUUGUAGUCAAUUAACCUGGAUUAAUUAUUUGUUAAGGAUGAAAUAAUUGGUAAAUAAAUAUUUAUUCGUACUCACACAAAAUAAUUGUUAAAACAGAGUUACAAUGAAUUAUGUUCAUAAGUAAUAGUGAUACAGAGCUCAACUUUGGAGCGAUUUGCUGAAAUGCAGCAUUGUAUAUAUUCUCAAGAGAUAAGCUUUUACCUAUAUAUUUUACAACAUUCCAGAUGUAUAUAACUAUUCAAUGAAAAAUGUACUUAGAAAGCGUUGUUGAUUUAUAACGAUAAUUAUAAUUAUAUAUUUUAA